AUGCUUCAUUAUAACACCGUGUGUACCUCUAUACCUAUAGUACCAAACCCAAUAUCCGCGCUGAGCAUGAAACUGUAUUUUAUUUUGUUGGUGGUUCUUGUGACCGUUUUGAGUGUAAUCUAUGGCGCACCAUCUAAAGGUUCUACCAAGGCUUCCCUGAAAAAAAAACAGACAUGCGUCAAAGAUUGUAGUGACCCUGACAAACCUGAAAAUAGUUAUAAGCCAAUUUGUGCAGGAGAUGGAACCAAAAAUAUCAGUUUUGGCAGCGCAUGCGUUUUAGGAAACUAUAAUUGUGAAAACCAAAAAGAUUUGAAAAUAAUGGCCCAAGGAGAAUGUCCAGGAGGAGGUGGAAUCCGUCUUUCAUAAGUCUAGGUUAAUUUGGAAGUAAUAUUUCAGCAUAGAUGUUCUUGAUUUUUUUGACAUAAUUUUAUGUUCUAACUAAGCAGCUUUGUAAUAAUUUCUAAACUAAUAAUAAAAAACAUGUAAAGUUUAAAUAGAAAACAUCUCACUUGUCUAUUCAACUAUUUUGAACGCUUCCAGAACUGUUUCUGAUUGAAACCAAAAUAAAGUUUGAAAGUGAAUUCAUUCAUUGGUUCCGUGCAUU